CAUCCCUCCACUCGACUGAAGUUAUCACGACAACUGAGAGAGCGGCUUUGGUAAUUUCCCCGUCAAAUUAACCCAUAUUGAGCUCAAACAAUAUAUAGGUUUUAUACGAUGGGAGACAAGAAGAGCCCCACAAGGCCGAAGCGGCAACCCAAGCCCUCUUCCGACGAUGGAUACUGGGACUGUAGCGUCUGUACGUUCAGGAACACCGCCGAAGCUUUCAAGUGCAUGAUGUGCGAUGUCAGAAAGGGAACGUCAACACGGAAGCCUCGCCCUGUCUCCCAACUGGUCGCCCAGCAAGUCACUCCACAGUUUGCUUCACCCACACAACCCAAAAAAGAGAAGAAGGAGAAAUCGGAGAAAGAGAAGAGUGAAAAGGAACCAACACUGAAAAAGAACAGCCACAAGAAGAUGAGGCCCAGGUUAAAAAACGUGGACCGGAGCAGUGCCCAGCACCUGGAGGUUACGGUGGGCGACCUGACGGUCAUAAUCACAGACUUUAAGGAGAAAACCAAGCCCGCCUCCACUCCUUCCAGUGCUGCCUCGGCAGACCAGCACAGCCAGAGCGGCAACACUAGUUCUGACAACACUGAAAGGGGGGUGUCACGGUCGUCCUCACCUCGGGGGGAGGGCUCGUUGGUUAACGGAGAGACUCACUAACCCUCCUCCCUCCCCCAUUUCCUCCCUCCUCACCCAACUUAGUCUCAUGGAACAAGACAAGUGUGUCUCUGAAUAUUGCAUACAAAUCUGGCAUGCAAGAUUACACCCAACGCUACAACCCCAUGUCUGGUACCCCUCACCCCAACCCAAUAUCUCAACAAACUUUUGCCUAAGUACCACCAGUUCAAAUUGGGUUGGAUACUACACUACAUUCCCCUGAUGAGCAAGUAUAAUGACUGGGCUUUUGGUGCUGGGAGGACGCUGUGUAUCAUCAACGUAUUGGUUUCAGCCAAGAUCUGGGUUGUGUUCAGUGGGCACCAAACAGAAGAAAAUGGAUGGAAACUAGAACGGGGGGGAUACCUGGACCUGUCCAAUAAGAAACGCUCAUAUUCGUUUUCUUUUGCACAACGUUUUAAAACGUUUUGUUAUGUUGUGCCCUAAUGAAAACAACCUUGGCCUGAGUGAACUGAACUGAAGUUGUAACGGUCUUGAUGGUGUUGGUCCUCUGUAGCUCAGUUGGUAGAGCAUGGCACUUGCAAGGCCAGGAUACCGCCCAUACGUAAAAAUGUAUG